UAUAUAUAUAUAAGUACAAGUGAAGCUGCUCUGCUGCCGUAAAUGAUGCCUGCACUGCGUGAUAUUUACGCUGCAGAGAUCAGAGGGCUGUGGUGUGUUGUUUCACACUGUUUUGUGCCUUAGAGCAUAUAUUGCUCUGAGUUUUGUGCAUAACUUUUUUUUUUUUUUAUUAUUAUUAUUUUUAUCUUCAAGUGUUUUUAUUUUUUCUUUGUUACAUUUUGUGGGUAGUAUUUUAUAUUCCUUUGGGAACGUGCAUCAACGAGAUGCUGCACUAGUGUCUUCGAUAUCAAAAUGAUGAAGAAUAUUCGGGACUAACAAGACACAGCACAGUACUUUUAUGCCCGUAUUCCGUAUACCCAUGUGACGUACAGUAGUAGGAUAUAUAGUAUAUACAUAGAAGCAUCAGCGAUGUUCCGUCCCGGCUGCCGCUUUCUUGCAACUCAUCGGACUGCGGCAACUAAUCACACUUAUUACACCGCUGCAUCAUCGCUUGAACUGCCGCCGUUGCUUCUGGGUCUCGCCGUCGCGUAGCGGACGUAACGUGCGAGAGAAAAACAAUAACGAUCGACGCCUCUCUUCUAACAUGCAUUAGGAGAUUUGGAGCUGCAGAGAAGCGGGAGGAUGAGCGUUUUUCUCCUGCACACGUCGUCGAGUUUUUCUUUAUCUUUGCGACACGCGAGAACUGAUUUACUUUGACCGUUCGGUCGAGGCUGUUGCUUUUGCCGCUUGGCUGUUGCUUGAUAAUAAAAAAAAAAAAAAAAAAACGCUGUGUUUGACAUUUCGUUCGUACUGUAAUCACUGACAUGGAUUCCCAGCCGAUUACUGUGCCACCAUCGGGGGAGCACAGCAGCAGCAGGAGGACGCAGUCCAUGUCCCAUCCACCCAAUGUUGGAAGCCUCGCUGGAGAUGUGCUCAAGACCAUGACUCCACCAGGGACCGGUCGAUCCUCGGCUGUGUUGGAGGAGAAACUGAUCCGACGCGGCAGCAGUCAAGUGCAGCCUGUACUGAUUAAGCCUAUUUCCAAGGAGUCGCUCAUGGCCAACAGUAGUACGUGGGCCGACUCGCCAGCACCACCUCUGUCGCCAGGAUUGGGUGGUGUUUUUCCUACGACCGGGGAAAGCAGUCCUAAAGCUGACGCAUCGGAAAAAAUGAACGAAUCAGGAUGCAAAUUGACAAGGAAGGAGUCUUACAAAGCACAACGAAAAAAUUACAGGAUGGAGAAGAAGCGCGUUGCCGAGGAACUUCUCAGUUCGCUCAAGGAUCCCACGGUGGUCGUCAUGAGCGACUGGUUGAAAGUCAGAGGGACACUCAAGAGCUGGACCAAAUUGUGGUGUAUUUUAAAACCAGGACUGCUUUUGCUCUACAAAAGCCCCAAGAUUAAAAGCAAUCAUUGGGUGGGCACCGUUUUGCUGAACACUUGCCAAGUUAUCGAGCGUCCAAGUAAAAAAGAUGGUUUCUGCUUUAAGCUGUUCCAUCCGCUUGAACAAUCAAUCUGGUUGCCUCGUGGCCCGGAAAAAGAAGCCAUUGGCGCCGUCGUCCAACCGCUACCAACGUCAUACCUGAUUUUCCGAGCUCCGUCCCAAGCGGCGGGCAAGUGCUGGCUGGAUGCUCUAGAGCUGUCGCUACGCUGCUCGUCACUGAUAGUCAGGUCAACGAGUGUAAUACCUAGAUCGCCGCAGCACGAUUCAACGCUAACGACUCACGAGACGCAGUGGAGCGAAGCCGAUUACGAGAAGCACUUUGAAGGACAUGAUCCCUUGCUGUCCCGACGCGGCCGCCGCGCACGAGCAGACCUCGAGGACACCGUCAGCCAGUCGGCCGAGAACGGCAUGGCCGCGGACGCGGAGAUCAGUCCCACGGACAGCGAAUCCGACGACGAGGAGCACAACAAGGAGGACGACGACGCCGAGCUGCAGCAACCCAUCAACGAGACCCCCUACGUCGCCCAGGAGAACGAGGUCUUUGGCAUGGCCGGCGAGGUCGUCGCUGAGCUUCAAGAAGAGCAAAAGUCCCUCAUCUGGUUCCUCAUAAAGCAAGUGCGCCCGGGCAUGGAUCUGUCCAAGGUCGUCCUGCCGACGUUCAUCCUCGAGCCACGUUCUUUUCUCGAAAAACUCGCCGACUCUUAUUACCACGUGGAUCUCCUGUCGCAAGCAGUUCUGGAAGAUGAUGCGUUCACGCGCAUGAAGGCAGUUAUCAAGUGGUAUUUGUCGGGUUUCUACAAAAAACCGCAGGGCCUGAAAAAACCUUACAACUCGCUCCUGGGAGAAACGUUUCGGUGCUACUGGCAGCAUCCCAAUGGGUCGCGCACUUUCUAUUUGGCCGAACAGGUCUCCCAUCAUCCGCCGAUCUCCGGCUUUUACGUGACCAAUAGGCAGGAUGGCUUUACCAUAAGUGGAUCCAUUAUCGCUAAAUCUAAAUUUUACGGCAAUUCUACGUCCGCCAUACUUGACGGGACAGCUGUGCUGACUAUGCUCCCGCGCGGCGAAGAUUAUACAAUGACCAUUCCCUACGCACACUGUAAGGGUAUUCUGAUGGGAACCUUGUCCAUGGAGCUUGGAGGAAAAAUCAAUAUAGUGUGCGAAAAGACCGGCUACAAUUGUGAACUCGAAUUCAAACUAAAACCUUUUCUCGGAGGUGCGGAUCAAUUGAACAUGGUAUCGGGAAGAAUAAAGCUCGGAAAAGAAACUCUUGCCAAUAUUAGUGGUUACUGGGAUGGUCAGAUCAUGAUCACAGAUAAGCGAACAGGCCAAGAGAGCGUCUUCUUCAAUCCAACGCCCGAUGUUCGCAAGACUCGAUUGAAGAAGUAUACUGUGCCGCUGGAAAAUCAGGGCGACUGGGAGAGCGAAAAAUUGUGGCUAGAAGUAUCAAAAGCAAUAAAUAACGAUGACCAAACUAUGGCGACCGAAGCCAAAACUGCGCUGGAGGAGGCGCAGCGCGAACGAGCCAAAGAGAGGAAAGCCCUCGGCCAAGAGUGGAUACCCAAGCACUUUGUUCAAGACAUUAUAACGGGCAACUGGGUAUACCGUCACGCCGACAUCCGUCCAUGGGAUUCGAGAAAUGAUGUUGUGCAAUACGAGCACGAUUACAUCAUUAGCACAAAGACGCGACACAAAACACCAAUCAUGCGUACCGGGAGUAUUGUUUCUAUGGAGCCACAGUCUCAGGUUCCAUUGUUACUUGCCGAGUCACGUUCCUCGUUGUCGGUCCUGAAGUCUUCAAAGCGCCAACUCACAAACAAUCAUCCCGAAUCCACCGAAGCAGCGCACGACUCGGCUAGUUCUUCCGACGCGGCACACUCCGACUCGAGUCAGUCAGUUGGCAAACGACGACGUUCGAUAGCUAGAGUAACAAAUAUGGUUAAGCAUGUGGAGGAAAGGCUUCAUCAGCACUCAGAGAAGCUGGACAAUAUACAGCGUCUAUUGGAGCAAUCCUCGGUACGUCAGAGAGCUGCAAGAGACAGGCUCAGCGGCGGACGUUUAACCAAACACCUGACGGACACAUUGAUCGUCGUUCUAGUUGUCUUUAUCGCCCAAUUUAUCAUGAGGUUUUGGAGUAGCAACUCGGUCAAGGCCGCAGACUUGUAGUGAUUUUCCUAUUAAGCAUCGGUUCGAUAUUAUUCGUUGACUCGACUCGAUCGUAUUAUUGAUCGAACCGGUCGGCAUCUUGUUUUCACCCUAGUCGCUAGCCAAAUACGGCGCAAAUAUAUCUCUCGAGAGUUAGUCAGUUGCGAGGUAUAUUAAUAUCAUUACUAUUAUCAUAGUUAUCAUUUAUAUUAUUAUUAUUUUCAUCAUGUAUUACAAUAAGGUGGGUCCUAAUUUUGCUUUUCCGUGAUUUAAAUUUUGGCUUCCCUAAAAGUGAUUUGAGAGAAAACCAGUUUUUCCACUUAGUUUUUAGGGUAUAUACGUGUUAUUUUUCGACAAGUCUUAGUAUUACUGUAAAUUGCGGUACUAGAUGUAGAUUUAAACAAAUACUUUUUUGCAUUUUUCAGCAAAAAAACUCAUAUUUUUUAUUUCUACUUUUUAAACAGAAGAAUAUAUAAACUAAAUAUCAAUUGGAUGUUUAUCUUCAACUAGUUGACAGCAAUAAAAAUAAACUUUUAUGAGGAUGCUUGUAGCAUUAUGGUAUACAGGUUUAUGCGAGAUUCUUGAAAAUCAAUCAAUAGGCCACAAUGCAACUAAUAAUACGUGAAAUAAAAAAUAUACUAUGACGAAAGCAUAGUAUGAACUUGUUGCAGCUAUUACAAGUCAUCGCAAAUAUUCUUUUUUUUAUAGUGUGUAAACUAAAACAUACAAAUAUCGUGACCUUAGAUGAUACAUAGGAUAGGACGCGAAUAAAAUUCCAGUGUUGGCUCAAGGUCCUCUACUUACUUCUCGUAUUUUCAAACAAUAGCAUAAAAUGGAAUUUUUUGCUCUCCACAAGUUUGAUAGCUUAAAGAUAAAAAUAUUAGAAGACCGAAUAUUCCGAGUGUACUGCGUGAGCUCAACACUUUUUCCAUUUUUCACAAAUUCUUUUUCAAUAACUUUGUACGACUUUUCGAUUAAUGUGUGUAUUAAAAGUAAGAAAAAGAAUAAGAAGCGUAAGAUAAUGAAAGUUUAACCUAAGAGAAUUUGAUUUGUACCUUUACUUUUUGAAUUUUCCGCACCUUAUUUUAUUGCAAAGUGUAAAAAACGCUGUUUUUUAUUUUUAAGAGAAAAAACAUACCGAGCUUAAUAAUGACCAGUAUAUACACUAUGUUUGUUUUUAUUUUUCUUGAAAUGUAUAUAAUUGGGUGCUUUUUUGGUUGAAUGUAUUGCAAGUUUAAAGUACAGAUCGAGAUAUAAAUAGUUAAAGAGAGGCAUUUACGGGCAAGAAACUACUUAUAUUUUGUCGUUACAAGGAUGCUCCUAUCAAUAGUUUAAAGUAGUAUUUUACAAGGGAUUUCCAUCUGGUUUUGUCAUCUCUUUUUCUUCCCUUGCAUUUUCAAAGUAUUCGUUUAAUAUGAUUAUUUCAUUUGAUUGGGAGUAUCAGGCUCAGUGAUAUAUGUUUGUGUGCUUGCCCAUAUAUGUAUAUUACGAUAUGGAGUUUUUAAUUGCUUGUUCCAUUAUGUAAAAGUAUCCGGAUCAAUCGUAAAACUCGUUUACGCGCUUGAAAAAACGAAAAAAAAAAAUAUGAUCUGAAAUUCUGAAUUAAAAAAAAAAAUAAUGAGCUUUUCGAGGCCAUAACGAGUUUUAAUUUCCGGCUGCUCUGUUUAUGUUGUUUUAUUUGUGUUGAUCUAAUAAAUAUUUUUUUUAACAUA